UUGGUAAAAAUGAUAGAAAAAGACACUCCUGUGGAGGUAAAAAAUUUGAAAGGAUAAACUUGAAAUAGAAUCGACUUAAGAGGAUGAUUAUCUGACUGUGACACAGACAAUGAGGUGAUAUGCUCUUCUACAGCAUGACUUUGUAAAUCAUCUUAGAGACAAAAACUAUGAGCCAGAAAAUGAAACCUGGUUCUUCCAAAGGGGAUGUCUCCUAUGUGAGAGCCACAGGUGCAUCCCCCCAGCUGCCUAUGGCACCUUCUCCCUCCCUCAUGAGAGACGGCAGUCAUACACCAGUGUCACAAUUGUCCAAUAUGGACAAUGACUGGGAUGACAGAGAUGAGAUUCGUCAGCGAGAGCUGGAGGAGGCCAGGGGUCGAGUAUCGCAGAUGGAGAAGACAAUGAGAUGGUGGUCAGACUGCACUGCAAAUUGGCGGGAGAAGUGGAGCAAGGUCAGGAACGAGCGAAACAAAGCCAGGGAGGAAAACCGUCAACUUCGUGCUAAACUGGAACAGCUUGUAAAAGAAUGCACAGUUCUUAAGAGAGAGAAGCAGGAAAUUCAAGCCGAGAAUGUCAAACUGAAGAAAGAUUCCCCUGUAGGUACAAGUGACAGUGUGAAAAAAGAGUUGGAAAAUAAUCUUUGUAAAUCUGCUGAGAAAGAAAAGACUUUCGAGGAAAAAGAUGUUAAAGUGCAGACAGCAAAUGUGAAUAAUGUGAGUCAAGAAGUUGAGGGAAGCUUAGCUGAGGAAAAAGUGACUUUGUUUGAACUUAAACUGGAUGAAGCACAGAAAACACUUCUUGCUGAGAGAGGAGACAAAACAUCACUGAUGAAGACCAUAGAAAAACUACAAAUGGAUCUUAGCACAAUGAAACAGAAAUAUGAGGAAGCCAAAAGAUCAAAGCAGGAUGUUUUGCUUGAGAUAUCCAAGCUGAAAGAGGAUCACAGAGGGGAAAUUGAUCAACUUAUCAAAGAUGUUGAUGAGGAGAUUAGUAAUAAAUCUGUAGUGGACAAAAAACUCAAUGAAGUCCGAAAAGAGCUUGAGAGACUUCAGAGAGAAAAUGCUGAUGAGUGGGGGAAGAGGGAGAGACUAGAAACAGAGAAACUAGCUUUGGAGAGGGAAAAUAAGAAGUGUAGAGUGCAGAUCCGUGACUUAGAAGAGCAGCUAGAAAGCAAGAAACAACAGACGUCUGCAGUUGUAGACUCGGACAUGAGAGGCCUACAGCAGGAUCUUAAUGACAAAACAAAGGAAUUAAAUGACCUCCGUCAUGUACAUGCCAAACUGAAGAAGACUUUCCAGGAAAGACAAACAGAUUUGGAUCAUUCCCGCCGGAGAGCUGAGCAGUACGAAAUGGAGGUCAAAAAACUCAGGACUCGGAUCGAAGAACUGAAGAAAGACCUGGCAAACGCUGAGGAUGAGGCUGAUAACCAGGCAAAUCUCUAUCGAAAAGUACAGCGCACCAAUGAUGAACUGCAAGAACAGAUUGAAAAUUUACAAGUCCAACUCAAUCACACGCAGAGCAGGUUAAAAAGAAGUAGCCAGAGUGGAAUUAACACAAUGUCUGCCAGUCUCAGAUCCCUAGAUCCCACUGAUCCCGAAAACAAUGACAGUGAUGAGGACGAUGUUUAUUGAUGUAAUGCAGAAUCCCUACAACAACCAACAGAUCCUAGAAACAAGGAAUGUGUCAUGGAUGGGAUUAGCUGAUGACAAAGCUGCAGCAAGGCUUUUUGUGCACAACUCACAUGUCAAAAUUGCUCUUGGUACAGAAGAAUAUCUGUCUGAUGUUGCAUUGUUUUUUGAGACUGCUUUCACUCACAUUUCUGUGCUAAGAGGUCAGGAAUGAGUGUUCUAUAUGUAAAGUUGUUUAACUAGGUUGUUAUGUAUACAUGUCACUCUGUGCCAACUUGAUUGACAUUCCAUGUUUUGAGAGAGCAAUUUAUACUUGUACAGUUUUACUGAUUAUUCAUCCAUUUUAUGUUGCAUCUAUUUCUAUACCAUUAUCAUUUUUGCCCCCCCCCCCCCCCAACAUGCCCAAGAAACAAAAUUAACUUUUGAACCUUUAAAUCCUCACUUUCCCCAAGAGUCUGCUUAUGACAUGAGGAUAUGUCAUUUUCCUCAACAAUUGUCAUUAACAUUCAUGUCCAAGACUUAACUAAUUAAUUUAGAAAAUUAGAAGCUCAUUCUGGCAGAAAGUGUAUCUUGACUUUAAAAUUAAAGACAUUUUGGACAACAUAAAGUUUUCUGAAGUUUAAAAUUCCCAUUCAGGCCUUUUUUGUAAUGGAAAACCAUUAGGAGCUCAUACUUGACCCAGAAAUGCUCUUGAGCUGUGGAUUUGACAUAACACUGAACUAAGGCCACUUGGAAAAGGUCAUCUAGAAUACCCAGUAGUUUUAAUGAAUUGUCCAUGCAAAUGCAGAAGAUUGUUUCAAACAUUGCUAUGAUUAAAGCUAUGGCAUAUCUGAGCUAAAAAAAAAAUGAGAUUGAGUGUAGAUGAACAUGAUAUUUAUUAUUUAUGUUCAAAUUAAAAUUUUCACCGAUGUUGAACUUGAAUAACCCCACGUUUCUAUAGUUCAAUUGACUGUAAACUGUGUCUGAUAUUUAAAUGCGGAGUCAGUAAAUAAAUCGGUUAUUGUUUUAAAUUUUUAAUAUCUAUGAAACGUGAUUGAUUUAAAUUGUGUAAUUUAUAGGAAAGUCCUAUUAAUUUAGUUAGUCUGAACUUAUCAAAAAUAUGCCAUAUAUGACUUAAAAAGAUAUACCAGGUGUCAUUUCUGUUUACUGAAUAAACAGAGAAGUUGAAGGCUGCAUACAGUGGCAAUGAUGUUAUGUUUGGGGAUUGAUAUUACAGAUUUCUUUACAUGAAAUUUUCAGAUGUGCAUGUUUUCAGUGCAUCUUGGUGGGGGUAUUAUUCUAGUGUACUAAGUGUAGAUCUAAUUUUGAAUGAGUUGUGAUGUUUGUCUCAAUUUGUAUGCUUUAAAUGUAUUUAUAUACAAUCUUGUACAAGUAAAAAAAAAUUAAUAUUGUUUAGAAUAAUGAUUUAAUAUUGCUUUUUAACAAAUUUUUAUAAUGUUACCCUCAUAGAUCAGAAAAAUACAUAUCAGCUAAAAAGCGAUGACUAGUUUUAUCUGCAUUGUUUUCUGAAUGUUUUAUGAAUUGGUGUUCAACUUUGUUAUAACCUUUUUUUUUUUUAAUUUUGUGCACAAAUUGAUUGCAGAUACAAUGAUACUGUACUGUUUCUAUUUCUUCCAUGGUGUUUUUAUGCUUGAUUACUGUGUUGUUAGCAUUGAGACCCUUUAUUUUUAUCAUUUUUUUGG